UAAAUGAUUGGUUGGAGCUGAUUGUGUAACAACAAAAACAUUUCACUGGAAAGUGCGUCACACAUGGCUAAUUAAUAUGCAUUCACAGUUUGCAAUUAUUUUUGCCUGAGUCCACUUACACUCAUGGUUUGCAAGAAGUCUCUCAAGAUUUCGAUGUGGAUCUGGUUCUCGGUUUUACUUUGGCAGUUAGUCUUCCUCCCACAGUAUAUGUCAGUUUUCCCUGAAGUUUCUGACCCAAGCCUAUCAAGGAGACGGGCUGAACGAAAGCUUCAAGAUUCUGAGAAGAGACUUUCUGAUUACGAAGUGAAAGGAAGGAGAAGACCGCAAAAUGUAAUACUUUUCAUUGGGGACGGUAUGGGUAUUAGCACUGUGACGGGUGCCAGAUACUUGAAAGCGAACUAUCAUGGGAAGGCGGCAGGUGAGGUUGGGAUGGAAUGGGACAACUGGCCAUUUUCCGCCCUUGUUCAAACAUACAGCGCAGACCGAAUGACCACCGACUCCGCUGCUUCAGCGACUGCGCUUUUGUGUGGUGUAAAAGCAGCGAAUAAAGUGCUGGGAAUCACAGGUGUUCCAACCUGUUGCUCCUGUCGACGGUUGAAUACGACCUCAUACGUCAAAUCUUCGUUAAUCCUGGCUCAAGAAGCCGGCCUGUCCACUGGAAUCGUGACUACUUCUCGAGUGACAGAUGCUACACCUGCAGCUGCUUAUGCGAAUUCCUUACACCGCAAAUGGGAAGCGAUUCCGCCAGAAACAGCGGAAAACAAUACAGCGUGUGAAGAUAUCGCAUCUCAAAUGGUCAAAAGGGGAUUAGAUUUUAAUGUGAUUCUUGGAGGAGGCUACCGGAAAUUUUAUCAAAAUGUCAGUUCAACGACUCCAAAAGAGCCUGGAGAUAGGACAGACGGAAGGAAUUUAUUGGAAGAAUGGGUGAGCGAACAGCAUCGUCGUGGCCGACACUGGCAAUUAAUUUUUAACAGAACGGAGUUGCUUAAUGUGAAUGUUGCCAAUACAGAUUACCUAUUAGGUUUGUUUUCGGGUAGCUAUAUGGAUUAUGAUUUACUACGCACUGAUCAACCGAGCCUUUCCGAGAUGACCAUGGUGGCAAUCGAUAUCCUAUCAAAAAAUCCGAAAGGAUAUUUUCUAUUGGUCGAAGGGGCCCGAAUCGAUCAUGGCCAUCAUUGGAACACAGCCAAAAUCGCACUGACAGACACUACUGCAAUGGAAGACGCUGUACUGGUGGCUGUCGAGGAAACAGACCCUGAUGACACUCUUCUGAUUGUCACCGCAGAUCACUCACAACCCUACGGGAUUGUUGGAUACGGGACCAGGGAUUUGAGCGUGCUAGAUGUUGACUACACGCUAAUGGGAAGCGACGGAAUGCGUUAUUUAAUCUCCAGCUACUUUAAUGGACCCGGUGGAAAGGUCAAUGAAUCACGUGAUGACCCAAAUACGCCGAUGAGAUUUGGUGACAAGUUCGUGCAGCAAGCCCUGGUUCCCAUGGUGCUUUCAACGCAUGCGGCAGAAGAUGUUGCCAUUUAUGCCAAAGGACCAAUGGGCCAACUCAUUCACGGAACCAUGGAUAACACUCAUGUCGCACACAUCACUAUGUACAGCCUGUGUUUAGGAUCAUACAAAAAUGCUCAACACUGCACGAAAUCUCUAGAAGAAGGAGACUCUCCCGUUCAGCUUCCCCCGCACUUCUCUCCCUCUCCCUCUCUUCAACCCUCUUCCUCACACUUCUCCCCAGAGCUCUCUCGCUCCUCUCACCCUUCUCAUCCCUCAUCUGCACCCCUCUCCUCCUCCUCCGUUCAGAGCGGCCGUUCCAGAGCGUACCUAGCGGCGAUGAAUAAUUGUAUUGGUAUCACAUCACCCAACAGGCUUAAAUGA